AACAUUGACACGAACUUUUUUUUUUAAUUUUUCGUUUUGGUAUAAGUAUGAAAAUUAAGGAAGGAAAGUAUCAGUAAUUAUGAAAAUGAAAGUGCUCUUUAUGAAUUUAUAGCUAAUUUCAACCAAGAAUGAAAGUAUUUUUACUGACAAAGCCAGUAAACGUCAAUAUAAUCAUGUAUUGAGUUAUUUCACGCCGUGACCUGUACUAUAUAGGGCAUAACGUGUCCUCCGGCAAUGGGCUAAGGUGUUUUUAUUAGAAGAUGAUUCGGGUCAAGGGGUGUCAUUCACCUUGAAUCUGAAGCCUCAAGUUUGUCAAAUUUCAUUCUCGUAUUAAGUAGUUUUAAAAAGGCUUUUAGAACAUAUGCGUAAUAAUGCUCUCGAAAACACCAGUCUUAGUAUAUGAUGUAUGCUUGAAGUUGUUCUCUAAGACGCCUCGUUUAAGGCAAACUUUGAUGCACCGUAAUAUUAAUUCUCAAAUAUCUGCUGCUUCAGUGCCUACGCAGAAAUGGUCUCCAGCGGCAAAGACCCAUGAUUGGAACCGAGCGGUUUCAGAUGCAGAGAAAAUAGUUGGUUAUCCUACAUCUUAUUUUAGCUUGAAGUGUUUACUGAGUGAUGAAUUUACAAACAUCGCAAUGCAUCUCAGAAAAUUAGUUGGAACAAAUCAUCCUAUACUUAAAACAGCUAAGAGGUUAGUUUAUCAUGGCCGUACAAAUAUGCAGACUAGAGGCCUUAUUGUCUUGCUCCUUUCCAAAGCAGCUGGUCAUGCAGCCACUUGCUCUGAUAUUAGUUCUGUCGGCGCUUCUGGGGUGACAGGUAGACAGCAGACAUUAGCAGAAAUCACUGAAAUGAUUCAUACUGCUCAUUUAAUACACAAAGGGAUUUUGAAUUUAUCAACUACUGCAGUUCCUGAUCAAGAUGUUUUGCAAGAUCUUCAGUUUGGCAACAAAAUAUCCAUCUUGAGUGGUGAUUACCUUUUGGCCAAUGCAUGCAAGGGACUUGCUAACCUUAGAAAUUGCAAAGUUGUAGAUUUGAUAUCACAAGCAAUUGGAGAUUUCAUGCAGGCUGAAUUUUUGGGAGAGCAUGACAAGCAAGGCAACCCUAUACCUAUAACGGAAAUGAGUAUCGCUACCUGGGAGGAAAAGCAUCUCCUUUCAGCUGGAAGCUUACUCGCCAACAGCUGUAAGGCUGCUUUGGAGUUGGCUGGACAUGACGAAACUUUGCAGGAAAAAGGUUUCGAGUUUGGCAAAAAUGUUGCAUUGGCUUGGCAAGUAUAUUCUGAUCUGCAGCCAUUUGUGGAUAGCCUAAAUUUCUCACCUGGUAACCCAUUUGAUUUGUCAUCCCUUCCUGUUGUGUUCUACUUGGAACGUAAUCCACAGAAGAUAAACGCCAUCAGAAGUGAAAUUGGUGAUGAUAUUAGCAAUUUAGAUUUUAAAAAUUUAUAUGAUGCCAUCACUGAUGAUGAUGCUGUAGAAAGAACAAAACAAAUGCUUCAUCAGUAUUCACAAAAUGCAGAAGAUUUACUUCAAGUCUUUGAGCCAUCAGCUGCAACUAAAGCAUUGUCCAACAUUAUUAACUCCUUGAGGGAAUGAAAACCAACUGGAAAAUCGUGUUAUUUUUAGAAAGCAUACAUAAAAAUAAUACUAAAUAUUUAUAUUUAUUUUCAUAAAUCUGUUUUAUAUGCAGUUUUUAUUAUGCAAUAAUGUACAAGUGAUGCCUAUCUCCAGAUUUGUUCUUU